AAGAGCAGGAGUACUUCUGCAAGCCGAGGGUCAGCGCACUCAGGUCAGCCGAGGCCAAUCACGUUCAGGGUUCGGGUUAAGCUUAUUUAGCCAAAUCGGCAUGUUGUGCUGUCCUGCACUUUUGCACUUCUUGCAGCUCGGCCGCGUAGAAUCAACUGAUCGGGAUGUUGUCCUCGAAAUAUUUGCUUGUCCUUGUCGUGCAGGUGAGUUGUGCCAUCGCUGCACCAGCACAGUUGCCUCCAGAUGGGACAUCAAGAUUCAGCUGGGACGAGAUAGAGCACGUAAUCGCCUUUGGCGACUCGUACACAUACAUCCAAGGCACUGCCGGCCGGCAAAACUAUAGCUUCAUAGGCGACUAUCUGCCCGGAAACUUCACCUUUAACCCCGAGAAGCUCCUAAAUGACAAGAUUGUCGCCAACUACUCGGGCACAUCAGCCGGCGGACCCAACUGGAUCGAGUUCCUGACCAACGGCGGCGUCGAGCCGGGCACAUACACCCCUUCCUCAUGCCGCGCCAGCACCAGCACCAGCAGGAUCCCUGGCCACCGUUCCUCGAACCAGAAUGGCAGACAGCCGCGGGAGCUGUGGGACUUUGCCUUUGCCGGGGCAAACUAUGCGGAGGAGUUCCUCCCCUUGCAUCACGACUACACGGUGCCCAUGGUGAACCAGACGCGGCAAUAUCUGUCGUACGCGCACCCCGUCCUGAGCCCGCGGUUCCGCAAGGACAAAAAAGAUGUUCUAGUCGCAGUGUGGAUCGGGAUCAACGACAUCAACGACAUCAAGCUGCCAACCGCGGAUACCACUCCCACUCCCACUGCUGCUGCUGGUAGCACCACGCUCAGUAGGGGCGGGGACCUCGCAUAUCUCGCUGAGAAAUACGAUGCCAUCAACGCCGCGUUGUUCGAGCAGAGUAUCACCCCACUGUACAAGGAGGCCGGGUUCACCAACUUCCUGUUCAUCAAUCUACCGCCGUACGACCGGACGCCGGGGAAUGUGCUAGCCUUGAAUCCGUAUCCGAGUAAGGCAAUGGUCGACUUGUGGAAUCGGAGCCUGGAAAAGCACAUGACUGCAUUCCAGCAGCGCAUCAACGGCCCACAGCACGGCGAUACAAACAUACCCAGCAGAAGCAGCAGCAGCAGCAGCAGCAGCAGCAGCCCGCCACCAGGACCGGCAACACGCAGCCGACGCGCAGUGUCGACGCUGCUGUACGACGCAAAUACCCUGCUCAACGCGAUCCUGGACAACCCGCUCAAGCACGGGUUCUGGAACACCCUGACGACCUGCCCGGACGCCAAGAACCCGGAAGUCGUGGCCCACCCGUGGAAGUUUGGCUGCCUGCCCGUGGAGCGGUACUUCUGGUUCGACGCCGGGCACAUGUAG